UCCUUCAAGCUCGGAGUCAGUUUGCUCGGUUGCCGUACUCUUAUUGAGCGCAUAUACGAAGAAAGCAAAAGGAGCACUAAUCAGUGAUCGGCAAUUUUGAUAGUGCAUGAAACUCUUCAAGUUGGGUGCUUUCCGUUAUUUUCGAUUAAUUUCUGGAGAAUUGGUGUUUGGAGGGAUUUAGGAUGAUAUUUGCCGUAUUAUCUUGUAAACGUCUAUGAUUUUGUCAAUUGGAGGACUAUGAACUAAAAGGGACUGCAUAGAAUUCAAUUGGCUGUAAUUUUUUAUGGGGGAAAGAAAAUUGAAUUUCAAUGCACCACUUCUGUCUGUGAGGCGAUUUGCUUCACCCUCAGCAUCUGAAGAUAGAAGAAAUAGGAAAAUAAUUGAGAAUCCUCUGCCCAACAGACAACUUACUCUUCCUUUUUAUCGAUCAGAGUUUGAUUUGGAGCAAGUAACAGAACCUGUUGCUGUUCCUUUUCGCUGGGAGAGGAUCCCAGGAAGAGCCAAGGAUAGCAGUGGACCUGGGCCUCAGCCUCCUGAGGAGGCCUCUGUUACUCCAAGGCUUCCUCCUGCAAGGUUUAUCAAUGCUAUCAAAACACCUUUAGAAAAGGAAUGUUACAAUGCAGAUAGAUUAAGGUGUCAAGUUGAACCAAAUUCUUUAAAUGACAAGGAAUGCUCCAAAGAGGGGAUAAAUGAGAAGGGGGAUUUGGAUUUGGAGGAUGACGACGAUGUUUAUUCUGAUGCACAAGACACCCUGUCUCCUACAGAUUCAUUCUCCAUGAACUACAGUGCAAGUGGUCUGAGUGGGUCAGAUGGUCCAGAUGUGAAGCCUUCCGGAACAUUCUCUACAGAUCCACAAACUCGAGAUUUUAUGCUGAGUCGUUUCUUACCCGCAGCCAGGGCAAUGGCUUUAGAACCACCUCAAUAUUCAUCAAGGAAGCAAGGUGCUCCACUCGAGCAACCUAGAAAAGUUGAAAGAGUGGUUAGUGAGGAUAGGAGGCUUUUGCUAUAUCAAAAUCAGUCUGACAUUAUACCACUCUCUGGCCAAAAUAAAGAGGAAGAACAAAGUGAAGAUGAAGACAAUGAGUUUGAUGAUCCUGGUUAUAAUUCAGCUAAAGGUUGUGGGCUAUUCCCUCGAUUAUGCUUUAAGAAUUCUUUGUCCCUCUUGAGUCCAGUGCCAGGGAUGAAACUGAGGACUCUCACUCCUGUGCGUUCCACCCGUGACGUUGUAAGGCCAGGGAAAAUGGCUCAAUCUCACAGUCAAACUUCCCAAAAGCAUGCUUGGAAUGCUGUUGAUAAGUCCAAAUCUGACUGUGGAGUUCAAUCGGUUGAGCUGCAUAAGGUUGAUAAAAAGCAUAUUAGUGAAUCCAGUCGGUUAACACGGUCUGGAGAACUGCAAACAACAGGUAGGUUAUCUCCAGACACACGUUCAUGGGGUGCUGGAGUAUCUCCCUACAGUCAAACUGCCCAAAAGCAUGCUUGGAAUGCUGUUGAUAAGUCCAAAUCUGACUGUGGAGUUCAAUCGGCUGAACUGCAUAAGGUUGAUAAAAAGCAUAUUAGUGAAUCCCGUCGGUUAACGCGGUCUGGAGAACUACAAACAACAGGUAGGUUAUCUCCAUACACACGUUCAUGGGGUGCUGGAGUAUCUCCCUACAGGAACAAAGCACCUCAGUCACCCUUUCGUGGAUCAGUCAGUUUCCUUGGCAUGCCCAAAGAAGUUGAGAACGUCAAAGCCAACAGGUUUAGUCAGCAUACUGGAGGCAGCAACAAAAAUAAGCAAGAAUUAGGCUCAAUGAACCCAGCAGUUGAGAAGACGUUGCAUGUAGACACUGUAAAUAAUGCAGAAAAAUCAUGUUCAAAUUCGAGCUCCUCAGUUACCCAGGGAUGGAUUCAUCCUGCUGGCGAGUAUCUGGACAUUUCACCAGAGAGAAGAGGGUUGCAAGAAACUACUAUUGCAGAAUCCGGUUACCAAGAUAUACAAUGCCUAAAUAUUGCAAAUGAAGGGAGCAUAUUAGACCCCCUCGUGUCCAUUGAUGCUGAUAAAUCUUACGUGUCUAAAAUAUCACAUCCAAAAGGCCAAGAAGUCACGAUUGAGGACUCUGGACUGAAUGAAGGAUUUCAUAGAAGAUCUAGCUUGGAAUGCUCAAAACUGACUACUGAAGGAAAUCUAAAUAUCAGCAGUGAUAAAAUUCAUAAAACAGAUGAGACAGGAACUGCUGAUGCUAGUUUUGAACGGCCCCCUGCCCACCCUCCUUUGCCAAAGUCACCUUCUGAGUCUUGGCUUUGGCGUACGCUGCCUUCUGUUUCCGCGCGCUAUCCGAUUCUACCUUCAAAUCUUGGCACUCUAGUGGAUCUUAAAAGGGAGGAUCCUAAGACAACCUCCACUAAUACCAAGUGGGAAACCAUUGUAAAAUCCUCCCAUUUGCAUCAUGAUCAUGUUCGUUAUUCUCAGGAAUUAAUUCUUCCUAGUUCUCAGCAACCCAAAACUUAAUGCAGAGGCCUCCCUUAGAAAUCCUUAGGCCCCCAUUGGCUUGUUUGAUAAGUUCAGUUUUGACAGUGCAAAAUAUAGUAUAUUUCUUCCUUCCUGUCCUUUCAUCGGAGAUUCUUCUAUACCUUGCUUCUUCUCAAGGUAAGUUAGGUGAGUGGAAUUCGGUUUGCUCAAUUAUGUUUAAUUUUUUCCAGUUUACUGUUAUUAAUCCUUGUAAUGUAGCUGAGGCAAUAGGCAGAGCAGGCGAUCCUUUAUAAUCCCUUGCAAUGUAGCUGAGGCAAUAGGCAGAGCAGGCCAUCUUUACAAUCCCUUGUAAUGGCCCUUAAUCUUUUAUACUGUCCACAUUUUUCUGUGACAUUAUAGCCUUUUUGUUUGGAUAAUAAACGAAGAUUUGGGUUCCUAAUUUGAACUGAACAGAAUCCUAUGUACUCGCACGGCUGUAAUUUUUCUGGCAAGAUUUGCAUGGCUGUAGGAUGUUUCUUUAUCUCACUCCAGUUCAUGUUAUGAUUA